CUGUCAUUCACCCGCUUCUCCGUACACAGCAAUACACCUGCCCGGGACAGCUGAACUCUCAGCUUUUUUGAACUUCUGCUUCACAAGGAGACAUAAAUAAAAUGUUCCCAUCAUUGAGAAAAGUUGCAUUAUUAUUACUGAUUUCUCUAUUUUGGGUUGAAUGCGAUGGCCUAGACAGCACGGGUCCAACAUCAAGCAGCUUAGGUAUUGAUGCAGAAUCUUCCCCUGGGACCACUGGACAUGACACUACUACAGGUGUGAAUAGCAUAGGGACCUCAGUAUCACCUACCACUGCUAAUAAUUUAAGUGGAACCUCUAUUGCUUCUACUUCUGUAGACAGUACAUUUAUAAACAGUACCUCGAGUGAUUCUAAGGUUACCACCUCUACCACAGUAGAGACCACCAAUGAAAGCGUCACAAAGAGCACAACUUCUAUCCCUAUCUCAGGACUGACCAAUGCAAUGUCCACAAAUUCAUCUGAAGGGAACGGCACAAUAAACUAUUCAACAAGCAACACGCCAAACAUCACUGCUUCUCCAAAUGUCUCCAGUACAGCUACCACUACAGUCCCACCAGAAAACACAAUAUCAACCAACAUCUCCAUCAUUACUACUACAACCAGUAUGAAUGAAAAUGAGACUACUUCAUCCAUCAUUACUACUACAACCAGUAUGAAUGAAAAUGAGACUACUUCAGACAUCUCCAGCACAACAUCUACUGUCUUCAGCCCACCAUCAAAUGUCUCCUCCAUGCCAUCUACUGUCUCCAGCACAUCAUCUAAUGUCUCUAGCACACCAACUAAUGUCACUAUCACACCACCUACUGUCUCCAGCACAGAAUCUACUGUUAAUGCUUCAACAUACACACCCAACACAGAAACCCAUUCAACAGGAAAUACUGGAAAUACAGUGGAUAUGACAAAUCUGACGGAAUCUACACCAACAAACAAGUCAACUGCCACCAGUGAGUCAACACAACCAACUGUACAAUAUACCCAAAGUACAACAUAUGUGGCAACCACAAACAGUAGUGUCUCAGGAAGCGAAAAAGAUGUAGUAAACAAUACUGGAGUUGUCCUAGGUGCAGUUAUUGGGUCCAUCCUAGGAAUUGCGCUGGUGUGUAUUGCAGCAUACAUCAUAUGUGGAAAUAAAAAAUCCAGCAACUUUUCUCAUCGACGACUAUAUGAGGAUAUUAGGAGUGAUCCAGUGUUACGGUUGGAUAAUCCUGUAAGUCCCUAUGAUGCCAGCUAUGGAGAGUCUUCAUAUUACAACCCUACUGCCAUUGAAGAGCCUCCGUACAGGAAUGGGCCACACGAGACAAUCGCAAUGGAUGAUAUCAGGCCUCAUUAAUCUUUAGCAAAACCCGUCUGGCGAGAACAUUGUUUCCACUGUUUAUAGAUAUCAUGGGACACCUGCCAGUGUUCAUUGGAAUGCGGGAAGGAACUAGAGUCUCUUGAUUGAGAGAUCAGAGGAAUUGAAGCAAAUGACUUAUGCAAAUUAUAUCUAUGACACAAAAUUUCAGGGGUGGCAGGCUGCCCCAUGUUUUAUUGUAACAUUUUUUUAAAUUAAAUUUUAAUGUACAGUACUAGUAUCAUAACCCAUAACAUUAUCAAUACUGAUAGUUUUAUAUAUAGAUGGACAAGGCAGAGCUUGAGGUUGAUGAUGGCAGCAAAAGAGAUUGAUCUAUAGAAAAGAUUCUGCAUCAUCAUGCAAUUUCCAGUCAUCCACUUCACUACAAGGUGGACGAUGAGCCUAAGAAAUCCCUUAUGUCUAUUUUCUCAUAGCAACCAGUAACAACAUUUUCUUUAUAUAACAUUUCGUAGUACAAAUGUGAAAUAUACAUGAGGCCUUAUAUAAUAAAUUGGAUAGACUAUUGUCCACCUCGAGGAUCUUUCAGACAGACCUAUAGAGGGUAGCAUACGUGCCUGGUCCCGAGUUCUGGCUUCUACGCUCCCCUGCCAUCGCUGCCUUGCUCUGGUCCACGUUAGUCAACAUGGCAGUCAAUGACUAGUCGCAGCAGUGAUGAGCAUCUAUGGUAAACAUUAUGCAUGGGGGACAGGUCACCACUGUGGCCAG